CGCUAACCGGUGCAAUUAUUCUUGUUAAUGAAUUCAACUCACAGAUUUUAGUCUGGUGGACUCUCAUGGUGAUACUAUUGGAGCUGGCAUUCUUGGGUUACUAAUCAGCGAUGGAGGAACAGUUUGUAACGAUUAUUUCACUGAAGAUUCAGCUGAUGCUAUUUGUCGUGAAAUGGGAUACAUGGGUCAAAUGAGUUGGACAUCCGGUAAUAAGUGGGGCAUCCAGUCAAAUUAUGAUAUUACCCUGGACGACGUUUCAUGUCGCAGCGGUGAAUGGAGUUUGUGUACAUUUUCACUAUCGAACAAUUGUGAUCACAGUAAAGAUGUGUUUUUACAGUGUGAUGCAACUGAUUUUAGUCUGGUGGACUCUCAUGGUGAGACUAUUGGAGCUGGCAUUCUUGGGUUACUAAUCAGCGAUGGAGGAACAGUUUGUGACGAUUAUUUCACUGAAGAUUCAGCUGAUGCUAUUUGUCGUGAAAUGGGAUACAUGGGUCAAAUGAGUUGGACAUCCGGUAAUAAGUGGGGCAUCCAGUCAAAUUAUGAUAUUACCCUGGACGACGUUUCAUGCAGCAGCGGUGAAUGGAGUUUGUGUACAUUUUCAUUAUCAAACGAUUGUGGUCACAGUAAAGAUGUGUUUUUACAGUGUUAUGAAAUUGAUUUUAGUCUGGUGGACUCUCAUGGUGAUACUAUUGGAGCUGGCAUUCUUGGGUUACUAAUCAGCGAUGGAGGAACAGUUUGUGACGAUUAUUUCUCUGAAGAUUCAGCUGAUGCUAUUUGUCGUGAAAUGGGAUACUUUGGUCAAAUGAGUUGGACAUCCGGUAAUAAGUGGGGCAUCCAGUCAAAUUAUGAUAUUACCCUGGACGACGUUUCAUGCAGCAGCGGUGAAUGGAGUUCGUGUACAUUUUCACUAUUGAACAAUUGUGGUCACAGUAAAGAUGUGUUUUUACAGUGUGAUGGAGAUUUUAGUUUGGUGGACUCUCAUGGUGAUACUAUUGGAGCUAACAUUCUUGGGUUACUAAUCAGCAAUGGAGGAACAGUUUGUCACAAUUAUUUCACUGAUUACUCAGCUGAUGCUAUUUGUCGUGAAAUGGGAUACUUUGGUGAAAUGAGUUGGACAUCUGGUAAUAAGUGGGGCAUCCAGUCAAAUUAUGAUAUUACCCUGGACGACGUUUCAUGUAGCAGCGGUGAAUGGAGUUCGUGUACAUUUUCAUUAUCGAACGAUUGUGAUCACAGUAAAGAUGUGUUUUUACAGUGUUAUGUUAUUGAUUUUAGUCUGGUGGACUCUCAUGGUGAUACUAUUGGAGCUGGCAUUCUUGGGUUACUAAUCAACAAUGGAGGAACAGUUUGUAACGAUUAUUUCACCUUUUACCCAGGUGAUGCUAUUUGUCGUGAAAUGGGAUACAUGGGUCAAAUCGGUUGGACAUCCGGUAAUAAGUGGGGCAUCCAGUCAAAUUAUGAUAUUACCCUGGACGACGUUUCAUGUAGCAGCGGUGAAUGGAGUUCGUGUACAUUUUCAUUAUCGAACGAUUGUGAUCACAGUAAAGAUGUGUUUUUACAGUGUUAUCAAAUUGAUUUUAGUCUGGUGGACUCUCAUGGUGAUACUAUUGGAGCUGGCAUUCUUGGGUUACUAAUCAGCAAUGGAGGAACAGUUUGUAACGAUCAUUUCACUGAUUACUCAGCUGAUGCUAUUUGUCGUGAAAUGGGAUACUUUGGUCAAAUGAGAUGGACAUCUGAUUUUAGUCUGGUGGACUCUCAUGGUGAUACUAUUGGAGCUGGCAUUCUUGGGUUACUAAUCAGCGAUGGAGGAACAGUUUGUGACUAUGAUUUCACUGAAGAUUCAGCUGAUGCUAUUUGUCGUGAAAUGGGAUACUUUGGUCAAAUGAGUUGGACAUCCGGUAACUACGUAGAUGAAGAGAGCAUCCAUAAACAAGUCGAAGCACCUUCCGUUUCUAACCCUAAUAUAACCCUUAAUUGUACCAAACUGAUAACCAUGAAACGUUACUUCAUCUGA